CUAACAUUAGAAGGGAUUUGAUUCUCAGGGGCGGCACAACCCUACGCAUGAGGCGCAUGCAUCAUUUCGCCCUCUGCGCUGCUCAUUUGCUUACGCCAACGCUGGACGACGCGGGGCGUAAGGUGUGGGAGCAACCGAAGGACCUUGGAUGACAGCCUUCUGCUUCACCAUGUCGGGGGCAGGGAGAGGGGGGCGCUUUGCGGCGCGUGACCCGUCGUCACAUUAUGAUGCCAGAUCUGUAAGUGCUACAAAGUAAGUGUUGAGUUGAUUGAUUGGGACGGGAUUGCGGUAGUCCGACCAGCCAACGAUUUCGGCUGCAUGGGGAAAGUGCCGCGUAGUAGGCGACGGGGCUGAAAACUACAAAGGCGCUGAAUACGCCAGGUGCACUACAUUGCUGUAUACCAAUCAGGCUUGCAUAUUGCAAGGGUUUAGGAAGUCACGUUCUGCCAUCAAGUGCGUCCCUUGGCCUUUCUGCUCCUUGUGCUCGCCUGAAACAAUGAGUGCACUUCUGGCUAGAAAAGCAGUGGUUCUGGGUCGUCCUCAACCGGCUUGCACGAGGCCGCACCUUCAAUUGCAUCAUCGCCGGCGAGUGGCUGUUUUGGGUGCGCAAGAUGGUGCUCGCAGCGAGGUUGUAAUUGUGGACGCGCCAAGCUCGCAGAACGGCGUCCACCAUGACCCGGUUCCUGAGCCCGCGCCCGCGGCUGCCGCGGCAGCUGCCGCGCCUGCGCCGGAGCCAGCUCCAACUGGCCCCAUUGGCAUUAAGAUCGUUCCGGCUGCUGUGGCGAUCGGCAUCGGCUUGGCCCUGCGUUUCGUGGUGCCUAUCCCGGAGGGCAUCACCGCACAGGCCUGGUCGCUGCUGUCCAUCUUCGUGUCCACCAUCCUGGGGCUGGUGCUGGACCCCCUGCCGGUGGGCGCCUGGGCGUUCAUGGCCGUGACGGUGGCGGUGGCCACUAAGACGCUCACGUUCGCGGAGGCGUUCGCGGCGACCACCAAUGAGAUCAUUUGGCUCAUCGUGGUGUCGUUCUUCUUCGCCAAGGGCUUUGAGAAGACGGGCCUGGGAGAGCGCAUUGCGACGCUGUUCGUGAAGGCUCUGGGCAAGUCCACUCUGGGCCUGAGCUACGGACUCAACGUAGCGGAGGCGCUCAUGGCCCCGGCCAUGCCGUCCACCUCGGCCCGCGCCGGCGGCAUCUUUGUGCCCAUCAUCAAGUCGCUUGCGCACAGCGUCGGCAGCGAGCCAGGCGACGACAGCCGCAAGAAGAUGGGCAGCUACCUGAUCCAGUCGCAGUUCCAGACCGGCGUCCACACCACCAGCUUCUUCCUCACAGCCUCGGCGCAGAACCUGUUGUGUCUCAAGCUGGCUGGCGAGCUGGGCGCGGUGGUGCCCAACCAGUUCGCCACGUGGCUAGCGGGUGCCUUCGUGCCCGCCAUCGUGGGCACGCUGCUGACGCCCCUGAUCCUGUACAAGCUCAGCCCGCCCACCAUCACCGACACACCGGACGCGCCCGCCGCCGCUGCCAAGCGCCUCGAGGCGAUGGGCCCGAUGUCGCGCGACGAGACGAUCAUGUCGGCGGUCAUGGGCGCGGCGCUGGUGAUGUGGAUGUUUGGCGAGCAGCUGGGCAUCUCGCCCGUGCUGGCAGCCAUGAUGGGGCUGUGCGGCCUGCUGUGCACGGGCGUGCUGACGUGGCGCGAGUGCCUGAGCUACACGCCCGCCUGGGACACGCUGUGCUGGUUCGCGGUGCUGAUCGGCAUGAGCGGCCAGCUCAACAGCAUGGGUGUCAUCAACGCCUUCGCGGGGGCCAUGGGCAACGUGCUCACAAGCCUCAACAUGGGCUGGAUGCCGCUGUUCGGCCUGCUGCACGUGGCCUUCUUCGUGAUGCACUACAUGUUCGCCAGCCAGACGGCGCACGUGGGGGCGCUCUACAGCGCCUUCUGCGCAAUGAUGCUCGCGUCGGGCGUGCCGCCCGUGCUGGCUGCCAUGUCGCUCGCCUACUCCAUCAACCUGUUCGGCUCCAUCACGCACUACGCCUCCGGCCAGGCGGCCGUGUUCUACGGCUCUGGCUUUAUGCGCCUCAACGAGGUGUUCACGAUGGGGGCCGUGUCGGGCUUCAGCGCACUGGCCAUCUGGGGCGUGUUCGGAAUGCCCAUCUGGAAGCUGCUGGGCUGGUGGUAAGCAGAAGGCAGAGCCACCAGCAGCGACGGGCGGAGAAUCAGUCCGUGCGGAGCCGCCGCUGGGCGGGUGGUGCUCGGUGGUUUGGGAUCUAGUUCGACAGACAGACGGAGGAGACGACGGGGCAGCAAUACGCUAUGCCGGCAGCAAGCGCUCGCGUUGCUGCGACAGGCUGCCCCACAAUUUUCGGAGCAGCCCUGCUUGAAUAAGUAGCGGCUGUUAAGCUUCGCCUGGGCGGGGGCGGGGCAUCGACUGACUAUUGUUUAACUGCAGCCGGAGUGAGUGUGGGAAGGUGGAAGUCCGAUGACGUGUACGGAGUGUUCUCUGUGGGGAGCCACUGACUCAAUUCGAAGGUUGCAUGCAUUGCUGGCUUGCUGUCAUAGCGCGGGGCAGAGCAACGAGGUGUGGUGGUGGUGCUUGUGCCGUGAUUCUGCCUGUGGCUUGGGUCUCUGGCGCCUCAGUUGCGCGCAUCCUAUUGUCGCACUGGCAGUGCCAAUACCACGGAGGGAAUAAGAUCGUGCUCUUCACUCGCUGGGCCGCUGCCCGGCAUUUGCAGGAUAUGCACAUAUAAUCAAAUAGCUGCAGGCACCAACUGCGGUCCGUUGCCGCCUGUUGGUGAUGAUGCGAGCUGUUUGUUGAUCGGCGGUUUGUGGACACAUAAACCUUUCAAAUGCCAGAGAAGACAACCCAAGGCUGGGAGAGGGUGGGCCCUGUUGGCAACCCCGCGCGCGCUGUGGUCGCGUUGCAAGGGGGCGCAGAGCCUCGUGCUCGUGCCUGUGUUUGUGUGUUCCGUGUUGCCUUGGCCCGUGCCCGGGAUGUGGAGGCUGUCGGCAACGACGGCUGGCUAAACAGUAGGCAGUGGGGAGAGUUCAAGUGUUCACGAGGGGGAAGGUGUGCGUGUUGCGUAGGGAGCUAAGCAGGGCGAGCGAAACUAUUUCGCACACACUAUGGUGCAGUUAUUAGGUGCCUGCAGCUAUGUAGGAGGCCCCGGAGGCGCACGGUGUAGCGCCCGCUGCUGGUAGGGGCCUGGAUUUAAAGCAUCCACGCCAGCGCCUUCAGAGGAUUGAGACGUACGAAACCUAGGGCAGGCGAAGCCUAGAGCUGGUUAGAUGGCUGGUUAGACGAUGCGCGGCGAGGCACAGGUCAGGGACACUCCCUUGCACCUGGUGCUCGGCUCUGGGAAUCGUGGAAAUCGUGGCCUGUAAUACUUAGUAUCA